AUGUCCGAAGAAAAAGAUGCUCCAUUGCCAGAAGGUUGGGAAAUGAGAACAAGUCGGUCCACUGGUAUGUCAUACUACCUCAAUACUUACACUAAGAAAUCUCAAUGGGAGCGGCCAGAAGUUCCAGCUGAUCCUGGAGAGAUACGCUGCAGCCACAUCCUUGUGAAACACUCCGAGAGUCGUCGCCCCUCAUCGUGGCGUGAGGAAACAAUCACUCGCACCAAAGAAGAAGCUUUAGAUACACUAAAGAGUUACCGGAAACAAAUUGUGAGCAACGAUUCAUCAUUUGUCGACAUAGCAUCUAAGUAUUCUGACUGUUCUUCUGCUAAGCGUGGAGGUGACUUAGGAUCAUUUGGACGUGGUCAGAUGCAAGCUCCUUUUGAAGAAGAAGCUUUUAAACUGAAAGUCGGGCAGUUGAGUAAGCCAGUUGAGACUGAUUCUGGUUAUCACCUGAUCCUGAGGACUGGUUAA